AUGUCUUUUCCCUCAUCACAGGUCGCCGCCGGCCGCAUUCUCAACUGCCUCAACGCCGAUGCCUCCGUCACUGUCGUCUGCCCUGCUUCCGGCCUCAACCCCGAAGUCGCCUUUCGCGUCGCUGAGAAACAGGUCUCCCACACUGAUCGCACCUUCGAGCCCCAGGACCUCGACGGCGCCGACAUGGUUCUGGUGGCUGUCGACGACCCCGAGGCGUCUACUGCCAUAUGGAAGCUGUGCAAGGAGCGGAGGAUACCGGCCAACAUUGCCGACGUCCCUCCCGAGUGCGACUUCUACUUCGGCAGCGUCCAUCGAGACGGCCCCUUGCAGAUCAUGGUCAGCACAAACGGUAAGGGUCCGAGGCUGGCGAGCACCAUCCGUAAAUACAUAGCAGGGAAGCUACCCGCCAACGCGGGGCUGGCCAUAGAAAGAACAGGCCAGUUGAGGGCCAAAUUAAGAAAGAUUGCCCCUCAAGUUGGGGACGGGCCCAAGAGGAUGUCAUGGAUGAUCAAGGUCAGCGAUGCUUUUGCCUGGGACGAGAUGUGCGACAUGAGCGAGGAGGACAUGGACAAUCUCCUGAGCUUCUACGCAAAGGACGAUGUGCCGUCUCUGGAUAUUCUCAAGUCUAUGCGUGGAGAUCCACAGUUGACCAAAGUCGAUGUCUUUGACGGCUCCUACGGCUUUUCUGUUGGUGCUUAG